CAAAAACAAGGAAAAUAAAAACUUCCUAUAUGGUGCCAAACAGAACCUUGUUGCUGGAGAUUCUCCGUUGGGCAACAGGAUCAUCGUCCCGAUGUCGAAUUGUGUGGUACUGGAACUCCAUAGAAACUCUACCAACUGGGCUAAGGUGGUGGAAGACAUUGUGAGAUUGGAGAAGAAAAUAUUCCCUAAACACGAAUCACUCGCUAGAUCAUUUGAUGAAGAACUGAGGAAAAACAACUCUGGCUUGCUCUAUAUUCAGCUUGCUGAUGGAGAAGUUGCAGGAUACGUCAUGUACUCAUGGCCCUCUUCCUUGCUUGCUUCCAUCACGAAACUCGCAGUGAAGGAGAAUUACAGGAGGCAAGGCCAUGGAGAAGCACUGCUGGAAGCAGCAAUUCAGAAAUGCAAAACUAGAAAUAUCUGCCGGAUAUCGCUUCAUGUGGAUCCUUCAAGGACUCCUGCAAUGAGUCUCUACAAGAAACAUGGUUUCCAAGUUGAUAACCUGAUCAAAAGCUACUACUCUUCAGACAGAGAUGCCUAUAGAAUGUACUUAGAUUUCGAUGUCGACUAGCAGAAAAGGUCGGUGAACAAGAAGCUCAUGUAUGCCCUCCUGCCUCUAGCUUUUCUUGUUUUGGGUUAAACACUCUUGUUGUAGCCGAACCGAAUUUUGUAAAGAGAGAAGUGGAGGGUUUGAUCAAAGAAAUACAAGAUGGUCUCUUUGUCUUUUGAGGAGAUGAAUCUAUUGCUCUGUUUCAUA